UUCGGAUCCAGCAGGGCCGGCCCAGGCGCGGCGGGGAGCGAAGUUUCCUCCUCGAGUGACUUCACUUCCCAAAGUGAGCUGGGGAAAAAAGUUUCAUCCGGUUAACUGUCGCUCUUUCGCUUUGCGGCGAGAGGAGAAGCGGAGGAGGCAGGCAGGCAGGCCGGGCGGGCGGACGCGGAACAGAGUCGGGGCUGAAGCGGGCGGCGUAGCGCGGGCGCGGAGCUCAACCGGGUCAAUGUGCGGACUCCCGGGACGCCGGGCCGGGAAGCGUGCUCGAUGGACGGGACCAUUAAGGAGGCCCUCUCCGUGGUGAGCGAAGAUCAGUCCCUCUUUGAUUCCACCUACGGCGCGGCUGCUCACCUCCCCAAAGCAGACAUGACAGCCUCAGGGAACCCCGAUUACGGCCAGCCCCACAAAAUCAACCCUUUGCCUCCUCAGCAGGAGUGGAUCAACCAGCCAGUCCGAGUCAACGUCAAGAGGGAAUACGAGCAUAUGAAUGGAUCCAGGGAGUCCCCAGUGGAUUGCAGCGUCAGCAAAUGCAACAAGCUGGUUGGUGCCGGGACUGAAUCCAACCCCUUAAAUUAUGGCACCUACAUGGAUGAGAAGAACGGACCUCCUCCCCCCAACAUGACAACCAAUGAGAGGAGAGUCAUUGUGCCAGCAGACCCCACAUUAUGGACCCAGGAGCAUGUGCGCCAGUGGCUCGAGUGGGCUAUCAAGGAGUACGGCUUGAUGGAGAUCGACACCAACCUCUUCCAGAACAUGGACGGGAAGGAGCUCUGCAAGAUGAACAAGGAGGAUUUCCUCCGGACCACAUCUCUCUACAACACGGAAGUUCUGCUGUCUCACCUCAGCUACCUCAGGGAAAGUAGUUCCUUGCUGUCUUACAACACACCAGCCCACACGGAACAAUCCUCUCGACUCAAUGCCAAAGAAGAUGCUUCUUCCUAUGAUGCAGUCAGAAGAUCAGGAUGGGGCAAUAGCAUGAACUCUGGCCACAACAACAAAAGUCCUCCUCUAGGAGGGACGCAAGCUGUGAGCAAGAAUGUGGAGCAACAGCGACCCCAGCCAGAUCCCUACCAGAUUUUAGGACCUACCAGCAGCCGUUUAGCCAACCCAGGGAGUGGUCAGAUCCAGCUCUGGCAGUUCCUCCUGGAGCUGCUGUCUGACAGCUCCAACGCCAGCUGCAUCACGUGGGAAGGCACCAACGGGGAGUUCAAAAUGACGGACCCCGACGAGGUGGCCAAGCGCUGGGGCGAGCGCAAGAGCAAGCCCAACAUGAAUUACGACAAGCUGAGCCGGGCCCUGCGCUACUAUUACGACAAGAACAUUAUGACCAAGGUGCACGGCAAGAGGUAUGCCUACAAGUUUGACUUUCACGGCAUCGCCCAGGCGCUCCAGCCUCACCCCACCGAGUCCUCCAUGUACAAAUACCCUUCGGAUCUCUCCUACGUGCCUUCGUACCACGCGCACCAGCAGAAGGUGAACUUUGUGCCCCCGCACCCUUCCUCCAUGCCUGUCACUUCCUCCAGUUUCUUUGGUGCCGCAUCGCCCUAUUGGACUUCCCCGGCAGGAAGCAUCUACCCCAACCCAAACAUGCCACGCCAUGCCAACUCCCAUAUGCCAUCGCACCUGGGCAGCUACUACUAGGUGGCCUUUCUCCACGGGACGAGCUGUUCUUUUUCCAUCCGUGGAUUUCUCUGGACAUUUCUUGUUGCUGUUGGACAUGUGCCUUUCCGUUGGGAAGAAAGCUGAAAAAAAACUGGAUAUUAUAAUUAUUAUAAUUAUUAUUAUAAUUAUUAUUGGAGUCAACUUUUUCUUUUUUGUAACACUGUCUUGGACAGGCAGGUGGAUUCUGCGGCGGGCCAGUAUUACGCGUUUUAUUUUGGUUCUAAGCCUUAUAUCCUCUCUAGAGCCAAGUGGAAUGCGUUUUGGAAUUUGCAGUAGUUAUCGCUUCAGAUCUUAGACAAAGUGUUGUAAAGUCCAAGGCACUUCUUUUUUUUUUUUUGGAAGGAAAAGACCAAGACCUCUAAGUCUUAGAAGAUAAAUGUUUGUUUGUUCCAGACUAAUGGCGAUGACCAGUUUUUUUGUUUUGUUUUGUUUCCGGUUUGGGGGCGGAAGCAGAAGCAAGCUCCUAUAUUAUAGGACUUGGUUUGGAGACACCCAACUGGAAUCUUAGCUAUGAAGCCAAUUGUGGCUUGUUGCUUUUCACCCAACUGGAAAAAAGUGAGACAGAGAGAGAGAGAGAAAUUAAUAAAUAUAUAUAUUCCUAUAAAUAAAUAUGUAUAUUUUAAGACAAGGGCAUUGAAAGGACCUUUUGAGAAUGUGCAUUGUUUGUUGUGUCAGUUUUGUUAAUAUCUCCAGAAGCAUCUGAGACCAAGGGAAAAAGAAGAAGUUAUAGUGGAUCAUGGGCAGGUAGUCUUAUGAAUGCAAAAUGGAACUAAUUUAAAUGACAGCGGCUCCCAAGCUUGGCCAGGGUUUCAGGGGCUGCGAGAGCAUAACCGAUUCACGAGCGCUGUGCGUUUGUCAGGCCGCUACUCAGAGGGUCAACCAAGUCAGAAGGCAACUUACUGUAUAAAUUAUGCAGAGUUAUGUUUUUACCUAUAUCUCACAGUAUUAAAAA